UGAAUUCACACUGCACUGUCAUCCCGCACCUGUCACCAAAUAUCAGUGGUGAGGAACAUGUGCCUAGGCCCUAAGGCUUUAGCUGCAAAAUAUUAUACCUUAAUGCAAAAAACUAAUAUAAAAUGCAAAAAACACUUUGCCAGGAUUCACCCAACGCGAUAAAGCAGCAAAUAAUAAAAAAGAUGAAUGCUAACAUGUUACACUCACUUUUUUGUUAAUAAAAUAGCUUAAAGUCUCAAUUUAAACUGUCCAAGCAAUCUUGGCAGGUGACAGCGGUGUCUACAGCGAAAUUCAAUAGUUUCCACUUUUUGCAGGAACAUCUUCGGAAGUAGCUCGCAAUUUCUACUGGCUUUGCAAAGUGUCAUGGUCUGAAUUUCAAGAAUCAUAAUAUAAAAAGCAGAUGUUUAGUUGAUUCAAUAACAGCGAUCAAAAACUGAGAGAGACGUCUAUUCUCAAUUCUCACGUGCCCAGUUGCUUGAUAACGAAUAAACCAUCGUCUCUGUGUGCCAUAGCUUUGGUUUUUUACGUUCAGCAAAUCACUUUUUCUCAAAGACUUUUUUGAACGACCAGCAUAGAUUGGGCGUGUCAUCUAAAAAAGGCAAAUGUAAAUAAUUUUGCAGCCUUAUAACAAAAACCAGAGUUUAAGCAGGUAACUGUCUGUUGACUGCUGAGUAGAUCCGUUUAGAAUGAUGCAUCGCUCAGACGUUUCAAACAUGAGAGGCAUUUCUUAUCAUUUUUCUCUCGCUGCCAUCACAAAGCAUUAAUGAAAGCGGCAUCCAGUGACGGCUGUAUAGAAGAUGUGCUCACAUUUGAAACUGCCAUUAGACAAGACCUCCAAAGACAACGUUAUUGCACUGCUUGUACUGGACGUUGUUCCGGGGAUUUUGACAGUCAUUGGAAACCUGCUCUUCUUGACAACUCUUAUAAAAACAACAUCGCUUCACAAACCGUCCAAUGUUAUCAUUGCUGGACUGUGCGUGAGUGAUUUGCUAGUUGGUUUCGUAGUCAGGCCUCUUUAUGCAUCAUUUCUAUAUUUGCUUUUAAAGGGCAAAGAACAUGAAACUUUAAAGUUUGCUUUCAACAAGGCACUGUUCUUUUGCGCUGGCCUGUCGUUUUGCUUUGCAACACUUCUCAGCCUAGAAAGAUACGUAGCUGUUUGUAACCCAUUCACAUACAGACGGAAAGUUACUUUCAAAAGGCAGUUGUACACAACUAUAUUUCUUGGAUUCAUAUGGCUAGUCUAUGCAUCACUCAAUAUGUACCCGCCGAUUUCUGUAAGUGCCCUUUAUAACAUCAUGACCAUUUGCUGUUUGAUCGUCUGUGUUUUAGUGGUACUUCUUACGUAUUUUGAAAUUUACUGCCAAAUCUCAAAUCAACGGAAGCAACGAGCAGCCCUUGGAAUAACCAGCAUCAACAAAGCUGUUCGACAAAGACGGGAAAGAUCAACAACUUUCAUGAUUGGAAUGGUAUUGGCUUGCUUCCUGCUCUGUUACACCCCAUUGCUUGUAAUGUUGGGAUACUUUGCUCAAAAAGGGAACUCCUGCUGGAACGACGAUGUAAAUUUUCAGUUUAGCCUGUGGGUGAACUUUCUUCUGCUUACUAAUAGCUGCAUAAAUCCUAUAAUCUACUGUACGAAAAGUUCAGAUAUACGCCGAGCUGCAACAAACUUGAUUUUUCGAUAGAAAGAUACUAAUACGAGAAAUGAUUUGUGGUCGUAACCUGAAAAGCAGAAGAAAUUUCAACAAAGACAUAUUUAUUGCAAUAUUGGCCAAAAGAAUCGCAAAAGAUCAGAUUAUCACAAGUCAUAGCCUUUCAUUGCUGCUGGAUUCAUUUUAGGCCUGUUAGGGACCCUGCUAGCAUGUUUUGUGGGUAUAACUUUUGACAGUACGAGGAGCAAGCUCCAGGAAUAAUGAUUUUAAAAUGAAGCAGUAGAGCUUUAAGAAAUCCCUGAAAAUCUUCAAUUUUUUCUGAUUAGAUUUGUUUUGAAAUCGUUGUUUUAAGAAACAUAUUUUGAGAAAAAUAGUAGAAACUACUCGGAAUACUUUCAUGUUGAUAAGAUUUUCCAACACAUGCAAAAUAAAAAGUGUUAUUCAUUACUGGUUUCUGCAAUGCAAUGAAAUAACAUGUUUAAUCAAGUUUCUAACUUACGAUUAGAUCUGGAAAUUGAUUUGUUAGAGUAAAUAAUAUAAUGAUAUAUUUGCAGAAUAAAGCAAAUUGCCUCAAUAUUAAGGGCUGUUUCAUUCAAAGGUGUUCACUAUUUGAUGACAGGUGUUAAAAUCGUUUUUAUUGCCAAUUUUACGGAAAUGCUCUUGAAGAUUUAGGAUAUAGACAAUAAAGGAACUAAUAUUUGCAUGAACCUUAGAUUAGUAUUUUUUACCAAUAGGAC